GGAAUAUGCACUGUAGGUAUGUGGGUAGAUGGAGGUGCUUGCUUUACAGGUACGGUACGUAAAGUAGAACGGAUGCGCACCUUCAGAUUGCGAUUGCAAGACAAUUUGAUAAUAACACCAGACCUUAAAGGACAUGGUGAGCUCAAUCAAAUCGAACAUGACUUUCAAGCUGACUUUCGGGACAUUGGUGCUCAUCGCCCUGUUGAUCCAAGCCACAGAUUCGAUUCGUUGUUACGAAUGCCGAUCGGAUGUUCAUCGCAGUUGUGGAGAUCCGUUUUUCGCUAGUCGAGUUCCGGCCGUUGAAUGUUCCCAUCAUUCAACACAACCGACAUUGAUGUGCUUCAAAGCUACACAAUUUACUGGUGGAACCUAUACAACGGUUCGAGGCUGUGCCCCCUUCAAUACCGAAACAUUUGGGCCUGGAUUCCAACGAGGCAUGGCCGGCACAUUUUGGCGAGGCCAAAGCUCGUUUUCCCUUUGCGAUUAUGACAAUUGCAACUCGGCGGCAGGGCUAAGGCCAUUCUUGUUAACCUUUGUACUCUGUGUCAUGUUAAUGAGAGCCCUCUCAUAGUAAAAUCUUUUGACGAACUGAUGACUGAUUGAAAACUGGUAAUAAAUAGUCAGCGUUAUGAAAUAACAAAGUAA